UGAGCCACUGAGUUUAAAAUUCUCUAACACAUUUGUGGAAACUUCAUUUUUUUUUGUUUGAGAUUUAUUUGAAUGAGCUGUUAUGAUUGGAGACAUGAGAAUUUCAGAUUAAUGUUUUGCAGCCAGAAAAAAAAAAAACCCUCUGGAAAGCUGGCAAGUGUUCGUAAGUCAGCCUCAGAAUUAUGUAGGUUGAAGGCUCCCCAGUGGACAGAGCGAAUAUAUAAGAGAGAAAGCAGAGGUCUGGUGCAGUUGCAUCUCAGAGGCUGGGGAUGGAAGGAGUGCAGAACUGAAAGCUUUCUUCAGCCUGCAUUUUUAAGGAGUGCGUGUGGGAGCUAAGGAAACUGAUUUAUGAUAAGUGCUUUAAACACUGGCAACUAAUAAAGCAUAAGAAUUAGGAGUCGCUGACAAUUCAAUAUGAAGGACAACUUCAGUUUUGCCUCCACCAGCAGAAACAUCACCAGCAGCCUUCCUUUUGAUAGUCUCAACAUAUCUGGCACCAAUGAGUCCGCCUCUAACUGCUCGCACAAACCGUCAGAUAAGCAUUUGGAAGCAAUUCCUGUUCUCUACUAUCUUAUUUUUGUCAUUGGGUUUGCUGUUAAUAUUGUUGUAGUCUCACUGUUUUGUUGUCAAAAGGGCCCUAAAAAGGUUUCCAGCAUUUACAUCUUCAAUCUGGCUGUGGCUGACUUACUUCUUUUGGCUACCCUUCCUCUCUGGGCAUCUUAUUACUCUUAUAGAUAUGACUGGCUCUUUGGACCUGUAAUGUGCAAAGUGUUUGGUUCUUUUCUGACCCUGAACAUGUUUGCCAGCAUUUUUUUCAUUACCUGCAUGAGUGUUGACAGGUACCAAUCGGUUAUCUACCCUUUUCUGUCUCAAAGAAGGAAUCCCUGGCAAGCAUCUUACGUAGUUCCCCUUGUGUGGUGUAUGGCCUGUCUGUCCUCAUUGCCAACAUUUUAUUUCCGAGAUGUCAGAACCAUUGAAUACUUAGGCGUGAAUGCUUGCGUUAUGGCUUUCCCACCUGAGAAAUAUGCUCAGUGGUCUGCAGGGAUUGCCUUAAUGAAAAAUAUUCUUGGUUUUAUUAUUCCUCUAAUAUUCAUAGCAACGUGUUACUUUGGAAUCAGAAAACACCUGCUGAAGACUAACAGCUAUGGGAAGAACAGAAUAACCCGUGACCAAGUCUUGAAGAUGGCAGCUGCUGUUGUGUUGGCGUUCAUCAUUUGCUGGCUUCCCUUCCAUGUUCUGACCUUCCUGGAUGCUCUGGCCUGGAUGGGUAUCAUUAAUAGCUGUGGAGUUAUAGCAGUCAUUGACCUGGCACUUCCUUUUGCCAUCCUCCUGGGAUUCACCAACAGCUGUGUUAAUCCCUUUCUGUAUUGUUUUGUUGGAAACCGCUUCCAACAGAAGCUGCGCAGUGUGUUCAGGGUUCCCAUUACUUGGCUCCAGGGCAAGAGAGAGACUAUGUCUUGCCGUAAAAGCAGUUCUCUUAGAGAAAUGGACACUUUUGUGUCUUAAAUCGGCUAAUGGGAUGCAUGUAAUUAGCUUAGCUAUUCGUUUGGAGGCCCACACAAAUCAUCUUUAAGUGGCAUCAAUUUCUUUGCCUUAUCUAAUCUUUACUUACUUCCCCAGAACAGGAGAUCAAGUAUAAUUGUAAGUUUUUAUACUCCACCAACUUUCAGUGAUUGUGCCUUAUUUUUCUGGUCCUUUGGCACAAGAUUAUCAUGGGUGAGCUAUAUCUAUAAUCUAGAAGUAAUUGGGGGAGCUAUCUCAACUAUAAUCAAUAACAAAAUAUGAGUGGUGAUUUGGAGUUUCAGAUUUCUCCCUGGAAAAUGCUGGCAUUUCUUAGUGGAGUUUUAUGUCCAUUUUCAUCAGAUUUUUUCUUUCUCCUUGAACAAGGGCCAGUUUUAACUUCUUACAUUGUUCACCAUACAAUAUAGCAUGAGAGGUGAGCACUAAGUUUAGCAUGAUAUACUUUUCUAUAUAUUCCUUAGGUUGGUAGUGGUUUAUUCAGUCUCUCAUUGUAUGGUUUCCCCUUUAAAAAAAACUGUACGUUGUGUUUCUUUUCCAUUUCACUUGAGUAUAGCUUUGUACUUACUAUACAGCUACAUACUGAGUAGUUCUAAGAACGUAGAUUCAAUUGCAUGUAUGUGGUUUAGCUUAUUCUUGCAGUUUUAGAAAGUACACCACUUAGUAAAACAACUGCAAUGAAAAAAUACUUAUUACUUACUAAACUGAAUAUAUCCUUUGAAAACUUUUAAUCCAUUUUGACUAUUGUUUAAGGCGUCCUAUUCUCUUCUGAUGGUUUUUGAAUUCAACAAAACACUGCGUAUUGUUACACUAUGUAAAGGUCACUUUUUACAUUUUUAACCUUUUGAAUUGUGGUGCUUUGAUAUAUUCAAUGGUGACUUGAGUUUAAUUAUUCAUGCUUUUGUUCUGGGCUGCGUCCCAAAAUAUCUCUUUGACCCUGAAAAUGAGAGGAUUCUUUAAUUCUUUAACUUUAUAAUAAAUUGAAACCUGGCAUGGGAAAAGGUUAUGUCAGAAUGGAAUUUUGAUGCCUUCUUGGGGACAAAGAGACCCAGCACAUGCUAAGUUUGGUGUCCUACAAGGAACUUGUCAGAACAAAGCCCCCCGCGCUUCCCAUGGAGUAGUUUGAACCUGCAUCUCUGGGCAUAGUUCCAGAUGUAUAAUAGUCUGUGAAGGCAAUUGAAAUCAAGCACAGAUCCACAGAGCUCAUUCUCAACAUGAGUACAUGUCUUACAUUAUAGGAAUUUAUUACCUGAAACUGAGUUAUCUGAAGUUUACUCAAAUUUGAGAAUGAAUAUUAAUUCAGAAGUUUCAAAUUUCAUUCUCUGGCUGCCUGAUAUCAUUUCAUGUUACCUGACUAAUGCUGGCCUAUGAGGUAGAUUUAAAGUUACGGGCACUUCACAUUUCUGUCGGAUUCAAGGCUUUUAGGUUGAAGAAUCCUCUCACACCCCUUCCUGGAAAAACCCUGAUUUCAUGUAAUCAUAUUCCUUCCGAAAAAAACCAAAUAGCUCAAUGUAUAAUCAGUUAUGACUUUGUGUUUUAAGUAAUUUUACACAACAUCCUAUAAAAAUAAAAUCAUUACUGGGA